UUGUUUUGAUUGUUUGUAUUUGCAGUUCCUGUUUGUAGUGAUGGGAAACAUGUUCUACACAGAACUUAGAGUCCAUCGAAGAUUUGAUUUGAAAGGUUCAUCUUUGGGCCGCUCAAAUGAAAAAAUUGAAAUUGACGUGAACACGACAUUUAAAGACUUAGAUCUGAACUAUUCAUUUCAUCUCGAGCCUACUUGGAGGGAUGCUUUGCUUAAGCAGAUUGGGACCGACAGCGAGUUUCUUAGGAAUCAGGGUAUAAUGGAUUACAGCUUGCUUCUUGGUCUGCAUUAUCGUGCUCGUCAAAGCCUAAAAAGAGGAGCAUCAUGCCAUGAAAGUCUUGUGCCAGACAAACUGGCCAUUCUUACAGAAGGUGGUUCCAUGGAGGAAAAAGCAUCUUGUAACUAUCGUGAAGGGUUGGUUUUGGUGCAAAGAGGUAGCGACCAAAAGGGUGAAAUCGUUGUUAGCCCUCACAUAUGGGGAAGCCCACUGGGUUUGUCGUCUGCUUGUUUUGAGGAAGUGGAUCUUCUGAUUCCAUGCACAGCAAGGCUGCCAAUCCAACUAGGGGUGAACAUGCCCGCAAGAGCAGAGAAACAAGAAGAAGAUGGCAGCAAAUCGCUCUGCCAAGUAUAUGAUGUGGUACUCUACAUAGGGAUCAUUGAUAUUCUCCAAAAGUAUAACAUGAAGAAGAAGAUUGAGCAUGCAUAUAAGUCCAUCAAGUAUAAGUACAACCCCUUGUCAAUAUCUUCUGUUAAACCACAAUUCUACUCAGAGCGCUUCCUCAAGUUCAUUCACACCGUCUUCCCUCAAAACUCUAGCUAGUUACAAUCUAACACAUGAUUCAUCUUUCCUUCCUUCUCCUCCGCAAGGAAAAUGUAGAAACAAAACCAUCAAAGGAAACAUCUUUGCUUUCUGUUGAUGUACAUGUGUAUGAUAUGGACUAAGAGUGUUGUAUGCAAUGUAUCAAAGCAUGGUUUUGACAUAGGAUUUAAGACAUUAUAAAACAUAUGAAGGGAGUAACCAUUCUUCCAUUCCAUGAUUA